CUCGGCUCGCGGCCCCCCCCGCCCGAAAGGCGCCUGGAACGCGGGCGGCGCCAGCGUUCCAAGGGAAAGCCGGCAACGUUCGAAAUUGGAACCUCCGCGGCGGCCGCGGCGGCUACAUUGUUUCCUUUCCUCCGCCCCCCCCGCCUCCCCCUGCCCCGCCUCGGGUCCCGCGCCCGCCCGUUGGCCCCCUGCUCGCUCGCCUCCCUGAUCCCACCCCUUUCGGACCUCCUCGGCCCUCGGAGCCUCGAUCGUCGGCCCUGCGGCUCCGGGACCCGGGGGUCGCCCCCCCGCUGCAUGGAGUAACCCCCGCAGCCCGCCCGGAUCCGGACAAUCCGGCGACUCCCUCCCCGCUGCCCACGUCCCCGGGUCGGAAAGCGGAGGCAGAGCGGUCUCAUGGUACCAAGUGACGUGUCCGUCUUGUGAGAUCCAGUCCCCGGAACCCCCCAAGAAAAUGUCAGGAAUGCAGGCGGUCUGGCCCUCUGGCACAGAAUGCAUUGCCAAGUACAACUUCCAUGGCACAGCUGAUCAGGACCUACCCUUCAGCAAAGGAGACGUUCUCACCAUCAUCAGUGUCACCAAGGAUCCCAACUGGUACAAAGCAAAAAACAAAGUGGGCCGUGAAGGUAUCAUCCCAGCCAACUAUGUUCAGAAACGAGAAGGGGUGAAAGCUGGAAUCAAACUUAGCCUGAUGCCCUGGUUUCACGGGAAGAUCACACGUGAGCAAGCAGAGCGGCUGCUGUACCCGCCAGAGACGGGCCUCUUCCUUGUGCGCGAGAGCACCAACUACCCGGGGGAUUACACCCUCUGUGUCAGCUGUGAAGGCAAGGUGGAACAUUACCGCAUCAUCUACUCCUCCAGCAAGCUGAGCAUCGACGAAGAGGUCUACUUUGAAAACCUCAUGCAACUUGUGGAGCACUACACCUCGGAUGCUGACGGUCUUUGCACUCGACUCAUGAAGCCGAAGGUCAUGGAGGGCACCGUGGCAGCGCAAGAUGAAUUCUCGCGGAGCGGAUGGUCCCUCAACAUGAAAGACUUGAAGCUGCUACAGAUCAUCGGGAAGGGAGAGUUUGGAGAUGUGAUGCUGGGCGAUUACCACGGGAACAAGGUUGCUGUGAAGUGCAUCAAAAAUGACGCUACAGCGCAAGCCUUCUUGGCUGAAGCUUCGGUGAUGACACAGCUCCGGCACAGCAAUUUGGUCCAGAUGUUGGGCGUGAUCGUGGAGGAAAAAGGGGGCCUCUACAUUGUCACAGAAUAUAUGGCAAAGGGAAGCUUAGUUGAUUACCUUCGUUCCCGAGGAAGAUCUGUGCUGGGAGGUGACUGCUUGUUGAAAUUCUCCUUAGAUGUCUGCGAAGCCAUGGCAUACCUGGAAGCCAACAACUUUGUCCAUCGGGACUUGGCAGCAAGGAAUGUGUUGGUCUCGGAGGACAAUAUUGCUAAAGUCAGUGACUUUGGGCUGACAAAGGAAGCUUCUUCCACCCAAGACACCGGCAAGCUCCCGGUGAAAUGGACAGCACCAGAAGCACUUAGAGAAAAGAAAUUUUCUACCAAAUCAGACGUCUGGAGCUUCGGGAUUCUUCUCUGGGAAAUCUAUUCCUUUGGGCGAGUGCCUUAUCCGAGAAUUCCUCUGAAGGACGUGGUUCCUCGCGUGGAAAAGGGGUACAAGAUGGAUGUGCCUGAUGGUUGCCCCCAGAUUGUCUACGAAGUGAUGAAAAAAUGCUGGACUUUGGACCCUGCCCACCGGCCGUCCUUCCACCAAUUACGGGAACAGCUAGAGCAUAUCAAAGCCAGUGAGCUCUACCUGUGAAGUAGACGGGAGGGUGGGGCUUCCUUCGGACACGCCCUCCCCUCCAUCUCCCCUGUGCACAGACCUCAGGGGUGGGGCUGGGCGAGGCCCUGAGCGAAGCGGUUUUUUUUUUUCCCCAGGAACCCAAAUUUCUCCAUCAAGGGACUGUACUUAGAGAAACAGAUUGGACCUUGUACCUAUCCCCACAUGCCCCGUGGGUGGGUGGGGGGGUGCAGCGCCUUUCUCCCCAGGAAAAGGAUUCAUAUCUUUUUCAGCUGAGCCCCCUGAAGAUGCACAAAUAAGAACAAACACGGAGAUGCGCAUCCUCCCUCCCCGUCCUUUAAAAAUCCGCUUCCCUCCCCGGGAAUCGUACAAUAUUUUAGUUGCAUGUUCUUCAACGUUUUUUGAUUCCUCUUUCUUCUGAUGGAAGACCGCCUUCCUUUAUUUACCCCCGCCUCCUUCCUCCCACCCUUUUCAGCUUCCCUCUGGAACCAAACAAGUGCAUUUUCUUGUCUCGUAGGGAGGGAUAAGAAGGGCGUACCACGCCAAAACCGUGGUAGGACAGAUAGCAAAGGGGCACAUUUUCUUGGGGAAAGGGAGAGACUUUCUUAACUUUCUCAAAACGCCUGUGAGUGCUGGAAUUCACAGUCCAGUGUCCUCUUCCUUCUGAAUAUGCUUUUUUUUAAAUGGUUUUUGUUCUUUUUUAAUUUUCAGGUUUUUUUAAAAAACUAUUAUAAUUUCAAACUGCACCAGAAAUCAGCGGUUGGGCUGGGUUUUACUCGAGUUACAAAUCUUAUUUUUUAAUGUCAUGAAUGAAAUGGUUUUUUUAAAAAAAGAAGAAGAAGAAAUCGGACGUCUGUGCGUGCAUGGAACCACGCUGACCUUUCCCAGGUCUCGACGAAACCAAGGCAGAGUUUGUUCUCAAAACCGGAGAGCCACCAAGGAGAGGGGUUGGAUGGUUUUCGUUUAGUUCUUGCUUAAAACGGUGUUUGCAUGCUGCCUCCAGAGCCCCUUCCAGUCAUGUCUUUAUGCUCAUAUUAUCCUGCCAACUGUGAGAUUAAACUGUAUUAAAAGAAAAGAAAACCGUUCCGUAUGAAGAUGUAACUUCGUUGUCUCGGCUCUGAAACUUUUUUCCGGGUCCGUAAAAAGUACGGAGGCUUUUUCUGUUCGGUGUCGUUUGAGCCGCAGCCUGGAUGGGUGUGGAAAUGGGAGAGACUAAAUGUGGCCCUAAGGAAUGCCAUUGUGCAUGUCCGUGGGCCUUCUCCCAGGCCCAUUGGUCUUCUUCCUGUGGGAUUCAUUUUCUAUACAUAAAACCGUCUCUGUGGUCCUCCUGUUAAUCCUGUUUCGUUGAAGCCUAGCAGCUAGAACUGGAGCUCCCACAAAAUUUGACAAUCUGGAAUAAAAUGGAAUGAUUCUUGUGA